UUCUCUGGAUGGCCAAUAAUGUCUUUACGCGGGGCGUGGCCUAAUCAGGAAAUGGAACUUGACUCUCACCCGCUCCAGACUUGGUCACAUGGCUGUGUGAUGUCACGGUUAGCCUCCGAGAGCGCUAAUGGCUGUAGAGAGGGAGUGGGUAUUUGGGACUAGGGGGCUGCACAGGCUCUUGGUGCUGCUGUUCUUCUGCCCCCAUGUAUAUACAGAGCCCAUUACUCUAGGCAUCGCUGUCGCUACGGCUGCGGUUCUUACAGGCUACUUGUCUUACCCGCGCUUCCACUGCUACUGGUCCGAGUGCUGUGAGCCGGAGCGGCCGCUAAACCAGACAGCCCUACAGGCCGAUCUAAGGCAAAAGUUCUUUGGGCAGCACUUGGCUCAGGAGGUGGUGUAUCGAGCAGUGUUGGGUUUCAUGAGCAACAAGAAUCCUAAGAAGCCACUGGCCCUGUCUCUACACGGAUGGACUGGAACCGGAAAGAAUUUUGCCAGCAAAAUCAUUGCAGACAAUAUAUACGAACUGGGAUUCAACAGUAAAUUUGUCCAUCUUUUUGUCGCUACUCAUCAUUUCCCUCAUGACAGCAAGGUUCAUCAGUAUAAGGAUCAGCUGCACAUGUGGAUCCGGGGGAAUGUCACUCAGUGUCCUCGCAACUUGUUUAUAUUUGAUGAGAUGGACAAGAUGCACCCGGGACUUAUCGAUGCCAUCAAACCUUUUUUGGAUUAUUAUGACAAUAUAGAUGGCGUGUCCUAUCGGAAUUCUAUCUUCAUUUUCCUCAGCAACGCCGGAGGGGAUCUAAUUACUCGGAAGGUGCUGGAGUUCUGGACGGCAGGGAAGCAGAGGGAAGAACUGCAGUUAAAGGACUUGGAGAGUGUGAUUUCUCUUGGCAUAUUUAACAACCAAAAAAGUGGAUUUUGGCACAGCAGCCUCAUCGACAAGAACCUCAUUGAUUUCUUUGUUCCCUUUCUGCCGCUGGAGUACAAGCACGUAAAGCAGUGCGUUAUCGCAGAAAUGCAACACAGAGGCAACCCAGUAGACAUGGAGCUGGUGGACAAAGUGACUAGAGAGAUGACAUACUACCCAAAGGAGGAGAAACUGUUCUCUGACAAAGGAUGUAAAACGGUGUCGGCCAAAUUAGACUUUUAUCUCUGAAUCCCAUCAGGGGACAAUGCUAUGGUUCUGCCUUAAAUGGGACAAUAUGGGGCUGGGGACUUUGCACAGACUAUUCCCUAUGCACUAAAUUAAAAGAAAAUCUUUUUAUGGGAAUUAACUGCAAAUGGCACUUCUUAUUGAUAUUGAAAGGUUCUUAAAAGAGAACUAAAGCCAACAAAUAUGUCUAAUGACUGACUUGCUGUACCAGUCCAGAUAUUUAUAAUAGUAAUUCAGGCCUUCAACGCUGUACACAGAUAUUGCUAUUGUCUAACCCUGUUAGGUCCAAAUUCAUUACUAUUCAGCCUUAUAUCAUAAAGUAUGUUGUGGCAUGGGCAGCUACCUGGGGCAUUUUGGGAAGGACAGAUCUUCACGACUGAAGAGCUUUGGAAGCUUUAGGUGUGUGUGUAUAGAAGUUCAGACAUAAGGUGUAGCUUUUCUGGCCAUAUUCUUUGCUGAGCAUUAGUUCUUCUUUACAUGACUUUAAACCUUUUUAGGUACUCUCACUCUUUUUAUUCCUUUUCUAUUUGCACAAAAAGCCAAAGAAAAGACCUGAAAAUGCCAGUGGCCUAAUUGAUUGUUACAACAAACCACAGUUGAACCCUCCACCAUCAAUGCUGAGAUAUAUUCGUGUGACUCCAAUGCUUAUAAGUGACCCAACCCAAGUAGGCCUAUGAAAGUUAAAUAAAUAGAUAUAUAUAUUUAACUUUUAUAGGCCUACUUGGGUUGGGUCACUUAUAAGCAUAUAUAAUAUAUUUUAAAGACUUCAAGGAAAAUAUCAUGUGAGCUUUGCAGAUUUGCACGAGGAAGAGAGCAGGUGCUGGGUCCCCCCUUUUGUUGGAAAUGCAUUAGUGAUACUUUCUUUAUGCAUCCAUGCUUUCCCAUACUCUCCCAUAGUGCCUUGUGGCUGCUUACAUGUAGCUAAACUCAGAACAUUAAAGUGAAUGCAUAGGAACUGAUUUCAACCCCAGUAGAAGUUCUAGUAUACCCUGUUGAAGCCACAGAGAUUCUGCUGCAUAAGUGUGUCCAUGUUGUGUUUGUAUGUUUAUAUAUUGGGCUGUUGGCACACGGCUGUUUGGGAUUGCUGUAGUCAUCUCUGGGAGAACCACUGAGAUCAAAGGACCUUAUUGUACUGGGGAAGGUGCUUCCAAUCACGACAAACACUUUUCCUUGUGGUAUUAGCUGGCUAACAUUGAAGACAGCACGGGCCAAACAAUGCCACAUACUGUAUUGUUAGGGUCUAUUGUAGGCAGUGGUUUUCCUAUUCAUAAGGAAAGAGGAAAACUGCCAGUCAGUUUGGGCAUUGCAUUUAACAUGGUAAAGCAGCAAGUCCAAGGAAGGAAGCUUAUUUUUAAAAGAAAUAUGGUACUUAAUAAAUGAUUGUAAAUUGAAGGGGGGAGGGGGUAUUUGGGCAUGUUUUUCUUCAGAUUAAAAUAAAUGUUAGUAUUUUUCUGCUUUUCUAGUUAUUAAAACAUAAUCCUUUUUCAUUA